GAAAGAAAAUUGGGGGUCGAGAAGGAAAAAGAAGAAGAGAAGAUCACCGAAUCGGCGUCGUUCAAAGAAGAAAGCAAUGUAGUGGGUGAACUUCCUGAUCUAGAAAAGAAGGCCUUGGAUGAACUCAAAGAGCUGGUUCAGGAGCAGGUUCUACAAUACAAUUUGAGAUCAACAUCUCCACAAUGCCCCGAAAGUGUUCGACGAAAUGUCCAAAGCAU